AUGGCGGCCGCUGCGGGGGUCGUCGUGCUCGUAUUCCUCAAAAGUUCUUAUCAAAUGGUUGAGGCAGAAAAUGGGGUUUCGGCGAUUUUUGUGUUUGGAGACUCUCUUGUGGAUGUUGGGAACAAUAAUUUUCUGCAUUCAGCUGCAAGAGCCAAUUAUUAUCCUUAUGGCGUUGAUUUUACUGAUGGUCCUACUGGGAGAUUCUCUAAUGGAAGAACAGUUAUAGAUAUGUUUGUGGACAUGCUUGGAAUUCCAAACGCUCCAGAAUUUUCAAAUCCGGACACUUCCGGAGACAGAAUACUGAACGGCGUCAACUACGCUUCGGCGGCUGCCGGCAUCCUCGACGAGACCGGCCGACACUACGGAGAUAGGUACACUCUAAGCCAACAAGUGGUGAAUUUCGAAAGCACUCUAAAUGACUUAAGGAGAUCAAUGGGAAGUUGGAAUCUCACUCGUUACUUAUCAAAAUCCAUAGCCUUUUUAGCGUUUGGAAGCAACGAUUACAUAAACAACUACUUAAUGCCCAAUCUAUACACUACAAGAUUCAGAUACAACUCUAACCAAUUCGCCAACCUUCUUCUUAAUCGUUAUUCUCGACAGCUUCUCGCACUGCAAAGCGUAGGGGUGAAAAAGCUUGUGAUAGCCGGAUUGGGACCGUUGGGUUGUAUUCCUAACCAGAGGGCGACCGGGGUUACCCUUCCGGGGCGGUGCGCCGAUAAGGUGAACGAGAUGUUGGGAGCCUUUAAUGAAGGGUUGAAAUCGCUAGUAACUCAGCUAAAUAGCCAGUAUCCUGAUACCAAAUUUGUGUAUACUAAUAUCUAUGGCAUUUUUGGCGACAUCUUGAACAACCCUGAGACAUACGGGUUUAGCGUAGUGGACACAGCAUGCUGUGGAGUAGGUUUAAACAGAGGCCAAAUCACAUGUUUACCUCUCCAAUUUCCAUGCCUUAACCGAAACGAGUAUGUCUUUUGGGAUGCCUUUCAUCCAACUGAAGCGGCCUCCUACAUUCUCGCCGGCCGAGCUUUCCGAGGUCCGCCCUCCGACUCCUACCCCAUCAAUGUCCAACAGUUGGCCCUCAUCUGACCGCCACGUACCAUCGCUGUUGGGUCGUGGCGUUGCUGAUCUCUCUCUCUUUCUACUAUAUGUUUGUAGUUAUUAUAUUUGAUCUCUGCAGCUUGUGUGUGUGUUUCUGCUUUUCUCAUGUGAAAAAAGACGCAACGUAGCAAUAUGAAUAUGUUAAUUUCUCUUGUUUUUACUCUUCUUCUUCCUAUGGGGAUUGGAGUGAUUGUAAUUUUAUC